AUGGCUCUGUCAUCACCACCACUUCACAACCUCUCUUCAUUAAUCUCCUCGCACGGCAUCGCCACCGCAACAUCAAGAACACCAGCACGGCGUUACAUGGCAGUUCCCGCGGCGGCGUCCGACACAACAACCUCCCUCAAAGUCAGUACUUUUGAAGAAGGAAACUUGGUCCGACCAAAAUGGACCGGAGAGACCCCUCUCUCUCGCUUGGUUCGAGCUCUCAUCUCUUUCAAACCCUUAUACUCUAUACUCAAGCUUGGUGCUAGACAGGUCUUAAUAAGUACAGCUGAGAAAAAUAACAUACCUUGGAGGGAAAUGACAAAAGAGAUUUUGGAGUCAGAUGUUUAUAAGGAGCUUGACAGCAUUCAAAACAAGUCUUUAGUAUAUCCAGAUUAUUAUUUGAAUCCAUUCCAUGCAUAUGAUGAGGGGAAUCUUACAUGGCUGGCAGCAGCAGAAGCUGAAGCUGCUACUAAGUCAAUGGGAAGACGAGCAAUUCCUACCGCUUCUUCAGUAGACGAAGCGACUCAGAUCCUACGCGGAAAUUGGCUUAAUGCAAUUGAACAACACCAUCUACAGCAUUCCCAAACAUCCACGAUUGAUGACAUUCUAGACAUUGGAUGUUCUGUCGGAGUAAGCUCAAGAUAUCUUGCAGAAAAGUUCCCUACAGCGAAAGUCACCGGGCUAGAUUUGUCACCGUACUUUCUAUCCGUCGCGCAGCAUAAGGAAAAGAGAGGAACAACUAGAAAAAAUCCUAUAAAAUGGAUACACGCAAAUGGAGAAGACACAGGCUUGCCUUCUAAAUCAUUUGACCUUGUAUCUAUUGCUUAUGUGUUUCAUGAAUGUCCUACAAGAGCUAUAGUAAAUGUAGUAAAGGAAGCAUUCCGUCUCCUUCGGCCUGGAGGCACGCUAGCUAUGACAGAUAAUUCGCCAAAGUCGAAAGCCCUACAGGAGCUGUCUCCGGUUCUGUUUACAUUGAUGAAGAGCACAGAACCGUUUCUUGAUGAGUACUACUUGACUGAUAUGGAUGAAACACUGAGGGAAGCUGGUUUUGUGAACAUAACAUCAAUUCUUACUGACCCUAGGCAUGUGACAUUAACAGCCACUGUUCCUCAAUGA